AUGCUCAUACAAGAGAGCAAGUACAAGGCAAAUUCAAUCAAGACUGCCCCAGAAGGACUUGACAGCAAGGGGCAAAACCUUAGGACUCACCUGGGCCAUGAAUCAGGAUGGCAAUUUAAUCCGAUCCCGAUCGGAAAAAUACUUGUUCAACCCGAUCCAAUCGGGGAUGGCAAGGAGGCCGGUUUCGGCAAUCCCUCGUUGUACUCAUCUCAACGAGACACGACUAGUUAA